CUUGAUUACUUAAUUUCAUCAUCUUGGUUUCUGUUUUUAUUAUUCGGGAAAGGAGUAAUUGUUUCGACUUGGGAGGAAACUAUGCUUAUUCACUUGCAAUUGGGUUUCGUGGCUUCUCAACUUAGGAGUCUUGGCUUGGUUUUCUUCUAUUCUGAGGGCGGGAUGUUGGAAAAUCAUCCUUUUUUCCUCCGUCAUAUCCUCUAGUUCUAUUUCUAUUUUUUUUUAGUUUUCUUCUUCAUAAACAGGAUUAUUUUGCGGCUGGGUUACGUAUAUUUUCCGAAAGUUUGUUCGGCUUGUCAUGAAUUAGUGUGUUCCCAAUUGGAAUGUGGAGGGCGAUCAUUUCCCUGUGGCAAACCAGAAAAAAUCAAUGGGGCCCGAUAAUGGACUAGCAGAGAUUCUAUGGCAAAAUGGGCAGGUAGUUUUGCACAGCCAAACACGUAAGAAACCAGGUCUGGCACCUAAUGAAUCGAGACAGCUUCAGAAAUCUGAUCAAUCAACUUUCAAGGGUUGUGGGUCUUUUGGAAAGUCAAGCAAUUUGAUUCAAGAUGAUGAGACUGCCUCAUGGAUCCAAUUCCCGUUUGAAGAUUCUUUGGAAAAGGAGUUCUGCUCUGAUUUCUUCUGUGAAUUACCCAACUCUAACUCAAGUGAUGCAGAUGAGGAGACCAAUCAAUUUGAAGGAGACAAGCCAGUUAAAUUUGGUGCUUCUGAGGAAAGCAAUAUUAUUAUUGGCACUACAGCUGUAAGAUCAGAACAACCUGCUGUCAAAAAAUCCAACAACCUAAAUUUUGCUGAAACCCCAAUUUGUCCUCCUAGAUUGCAAAUUCCUGCUUUGACCCAGAAACAAUGCAACUUUGAAGGAGGUGGAAAAAUCAUAAACUUUUCCCUUUUCUCAAGAGCAAGCAAUGCUGAUUUAGGCUCAUCAAACGAACCCAUUGAACAAAAAGGAUCAGGCAAUGUGAUAAGUGAGGUUAGAGAGUCAUCAGUUAUGACAGUUGGGUCAAGCCACUGUGGCAGCAACCAAGUCUUGAAUGAGGUUGAUUUCAGUCGGGUUUCAAGCAACUGGGUUGGUGCAAAUGAUGUAUUUCUAGGAAAUGCCAAGGAGUGUGUUCAUAAUAUGUUUCCUCAAUGCAAAAGAACGCAGACAGGAACAUUAGAUGGGACUGUUACUUCUUCUUCUGGUGGAUCUGGGGGUAGUAUCGGAAAAGCAGGCAAGGAAUCCAUGAGCACUUCCAGCCACAAGAGGAAGGGCAGAGAUGCAGAUGAAUCUGAGUGCCAAAGUGAGGAGGCGGAAUUUGAAUCAGACAAAGCCACUAAGCCAGCUCAACGAUCUGGAUCUGCAUGUAGGAGCCGUGCUGCUGAGGUCCAUAAUCUUUCAGAGAGGAGGCGAAGGGAUAGAAUCAAUGAUAAGAUGAGGGCAUUGCAAGAGCUAAUACCUUACUGUAACAAGUCAGACAAGGCAUCCAUGCUAGAUGAGGUGAUUGAGUACUUGAAGUCACUCCAGUUGCAGCUUCAGAUAAUGUGGAUGGGAAGUGGGAUGGCACCAAUGAUGUUUCCCGGAAUCCAAAAUUACAUAUCACGGAUGGGUAUGGGAAUGGCUCCACCUCCUUUGCCUUCUAUUCACAGUGCAAUGCAAUUACCAAGGGUCCCACUUGUUGAUCAAGCUAUACCUUCAGCUUCCACACCAAACCAAUCAACAAUGUGCCCAACACCAUUGUUGAAUCCUAUUAAUUUUCAAAAUCAGAUGCAAAAUUCUAAUUUUCCAGAACAGUAUGCACAUUAUAUGAGUUUCCAGCAAAUGCAAACUGCUCAGCCAAUGAAUAUGUUUCCUUAUGGCUUUCAAACAGUACAAAAGAACCAUAAGAUGGCAUUUGACGGUUGCCCUCCCACUGACAGUACUCAAAGUGGAAAGUUGGGUUAGAUUGCAACUGUUUGUGCUUAUUUGACAUUAAUCCGCUUUGAAAAUCCAAUGAACUCUUUGCAAGACCAAGAAGUCAUGGUUCUUCAAGUGGCAUGAUACCUAACUGCCUUCGUAAUCUAUUUUACAAGACAUGAUAAAAUCUUCUGCAUGUAUAUAUCAAUUGACUGGCAGACAGAAGCCUUGGAAUAUUUCAAUUAGGCUUCUAAUAAGAGCAGUAACUCCAACCGAAUUUACUGGCUCUGGAAAGAUGAUCAAAAUGUUAUUUUUUCUUCAGGUAAUUUCCUUUUUCAGGUGGGAAAAUGUAACAGAUUUAACAUUGUUUCAUAAAAUAUCUCCUCUCAAUUUUUGUUGUAUCAUAUAAUUUUCUUGGCCCAUUGUUGCCAAUGAAGAGGAGCGGCUUUGUAGCUAUAGUCCCCGAUUGUCAUAACAUACAAAGUCUAUCGAUCUAUGUACAAUGUACGGUCCUGCCAGUACUCUUUGAGGUCCAUGCUUUCUUUUCCUUUUGUAUACAUUAUUGGUGAUGGUUGGAGAAAGUGGAGCUGCCAAAUUGGAUAAGUAUAAAUGAAUUUUCCAUCUGUGGUCCAUCAUUA